AUGCCCAACGAAAUCAAAGAUAUUACCACCCGGGACGAGACAUCUUUCCCCUACAUCUACGAACAGAAUGUUUCCAUCUCCUUGAAGGACCAAUCAGGCCUGGUGCGAUGCAAUGUUUAUCGCCCCAAGACUUCGGACAAGGUUCCAGUCCUGGUGACUUACGGACCUUAUGGCAAGGACAUUCCUUACAAGGACUUCCACCCUAAGAGCUUCAGCGAGGUCAACUCUGACCAACGAUCUGAGCAUUCUGCUUGGGAGACUCCCGAUCCCAAGUACUGGACUAGCCAGGGCUAUGCAGUGGUGCGCGCAGACGAGCGCGGCACAGGCCAGUCGGUUGGCAAGCUCGAUACCAUGUCGCGGGGCACCAGCGAAGCUUUCUUCGAUGUGGUCGAGUGGGCUGCUGAGCAACCCUGGUCAUCUGGCAAGGUUGGUUUGCUGGGAAUCAGUUACUUUGCAGGCAGUCAAUGGCGUGUCGCUGCUCGGCAGCCGAAGGGUCUGGCUUGCAUGAUCCCCUGGGAGGGCAUGUCGGACUACUACCGCGACCGCUGCCGCCACGGUGGUAUUCUUUCCAAUGCAUUCAUCAAGUUUUGGUGGGAUCGCCAGGUUGUGAGCAAUCAGUACGGUCUCGGUGGUCGUGCCGCGCGCAACUGGGGACCCGAUACUAUCGAGGGAGACUUGUCAGAGGAAGAGUUGGUGCAGAACCGCCAAGAUCAGACUAUCGACAAUGUAGAGAACAAGUUCCGCGAUGACCUCUACUACGCCUCUAAGGAGUACAGUCUGUCUGAUAUCCAAGUACCACUUCUGUCCGUAGCUAACUGGGGUGGUAUUCUGCUUCACCUUCGUGGAAAUGUGGAAGGAUGGACUCAUGCUGGCUCCGAGCUCAAGUACCUCCGCUUCAUAACUGGUCGUCACGAUCUACCCUUCUACUACGCCGAGGAGGUUGAGCUUCAGCGCAGCUUCCUGGAUGCAUUCCUGAAGGGUGAAGACCGAGAGGGUUGGUCAACUGGAAAGGCUCCCAAGGUCGAUAUGGUGCUUCGCAAGGGCGAUGUUGGCUUCAACAAUGCUGAAGCCGAGAAGGGUUUCCCUCGUCGCAUUGAGCAUGAGUGGCCCAUUGCUCGCACUCAAUACACCAAGUUCUACCUGACAUCCCAGCGUGAGCUGAUCACGCAUGCACCCACUGAACGCACCAGCAAGCUCUCCUACCAGGCUCUAGGCACAAUGGAGAACCCGCAACUGGUGCAAUUUGUCACUCCGGCCUUUGAGAAGGAGACGGAAAUUACUGGACACAUCGUCGCUCAUCUGAAUGUCUCCAUAAGCGCAAUUCCUGGCUCUCCUACUCCACAGGAUCUAGAUCUCUUCCUCACCCUCCGCUACAUCUCCCCCGAAGGCAAGGAAGUCUUCUACACCGGUACCGCUGGUGACCCUGUUCCCCUGUGCAAGGGCUGGCUGCGUGCCAGCAUGCGCAAGGUCGAUGAGCAGAGCUCUCGCAACAGACCCUGGCUACCUCACCGUAACUACUACUCUACGGAUGUUCAGCCCGUUCUGCCUGGUGAGGUGUACCCGGUUGAUGUGGAGGUCUGGCCCACCAACGUGGUGGUUGAGAAGGGCGGAAAGAUUAUUCUGGAGGUUUCCAGUGGUGAUACUCAAGGUUGCGGAAUAUUCCAACAUAAUUCUCCUGUUGACCGAUCUGUGGAGCGCUUCCAGGGCCAGAAUCACAUUCACUUUGGCCUCGGUGACAACUACGUGACUCUGCCAAUUAUCCCUUGA